ACCGGGUCCCGGUGCCGCAGACGCGCGAUGCCCAAGUGGAACGUCCGGCGGAGGCCCGGCCGCAUGCUCGGACUGCUGCUGCUGGUGAUCUUGAGCUUCCUGGUGCUCCGCAGGGUGAACUGGCACAGGCUGACCCCCUUGUGGCUGAGGCAUCGGCGCUUGGGGCUGCAGGCCAAAGGGCAGAACUUCAUGCUGGAGGACGCGGCCUUCUGGAUCUUCGGGGGCUCCGUGCACUACUUCCGGAUGCCCCGGGAGUACUGGAGGGACCGGCUGCUGAAGAUGAAGGCCUGCGGCCUGAACACCCUGACCACCUACGUUCCGUGGAACCUGCACGAGCCGGAAAGAGGCAGAUUCGACUUCUCUGGGAACCUGGACCUGGAGGCCUUCGUCCUGUUGGCCGCGGAGGUGGGGCUGUGGGUGAUCCUGCGUCCGGGCCCCUACAUCUGCAGUGAGAUGGACCUCGGGGGCCUGCCCAGCUGGUUGCUCCAAGACCCCGACAUGAGGCUGAGAACAACGUACAAGGGCUUCACCGAAGCAGUGGACCUUUAUUUUGACCACCUGAUGGUCAGGGUGGUGCCGCUCCAGUACAAGCACGGAGGACCCAUCAUUGCUGUGCAGGUGGAGAAUGAGUAUGGUUCCUACAACAAAGACCCUGCCUACAUGCCUUACGUCAAGAAGGCCUUGGAGGACCGGGGAAUCGUGGAGCUGCUCUUGACCUCAGACAACAAGGACGGCCUGAGCAAGGGGAUAGUGGACGGAGCGCUGGCCACCAUCAACUUACAGUCACAAAACGAGCUGCAGUUUUUAACCACCUUUCUGCUGAGUGUCCAGGGCGUCCAGCCCAAGAUGGUGAUGGAGUGCUGGACGGGCUGGUUUGACUCGUGGGGCGGCCCCCACAGCAUCCUGGAUUCCUCAGAGGUUCUGGAAACCGUGUCUGCCAUCGUCGACUCCGGCUCAUCCAUCAACCUGUACAUGUUCCACGGUGGCACCAACUUUGGCUUCAUCGGUGGAGCCGUGCACCUCCAGGACUACAAGUCCGAUGUCACCAGCUACGACUAUGACGCGGUGCUGACGGAGGCCGGGGAUUACACGGCCAAGUACACGGGGCUCCGGGAGUUCUUCGGCUCCAUCUCAGGGGCCCCUCUUCCUGCCCCACCUGACCUUCUUCCCAAGACGGCGUAUGAGCCAGUGAUGCCAGCUUUGUACCUGUCCCUGUGGGACGCCCUGCCCUACCUGGAGGAGCCGGUCACCUCGGAGAAGCCGGUCAACAUGGAGAACCUCCCGAUAAACGGGGGGAACGGGCAGUCUUUUGGGUACACGCUGUACGAGACCACCAUCACCUCUUCUGGCAUCCUCAGUGCCUAUGUGCGGGACCGGGGACAGGUGUUUGUGAACACGGUCUCCAUAGGGUUCCUGGACUAUAAGAGGAAGAAGAUUGUCAUCCCCUUGAUCCAGCAGGGGUUCACGAUGCUGAGGAUCUUGGUGGAGAAUUGCGGGCGAGUCAACUAUGGGACUAAUAUUGACGACCAGCGCAAAGGUUUAAUUGGAAAUAUCUAUCUGAAUGAUUCUCCCCUGAAAAAGUUCAAAAUCUACAGCCUGGAUAUGAAGAAGAGCUUCUUUCAGAGGUUCCAUGCAGACAAGUGGAACCCUGUCCCUGACGUGCCCGUGUUCCCUGCUUUCUUCUUGGGGCCACUGUUGGUCUCCCUCUCCCCCUGUGACACCUUUGUGAAGCUGGAGGGCUGGGAGAAGGGGGUUGUAUUCAUCAACGGCCAAAACCUUGGGCGCUACUGGAACAUCGGGCCCCAGGAGACCCUCUACCUCCCAGGUGCCUGGUUGGACCAAGGCCUCAACCAGGUCAUUGUCUUCGAGGAGAAGAUGGCAGGUCCGGUGAUACAGUUCACGGAAACGCCCUACCUGGGCCGGCACCAGUACAUGAACUGAGCGGCCCCCAGGCCUCCCGGCGGGGCGGCAGCAGGCCCUCCCUACUGACCGCGGGCCGGCCUGCUGCUGCCUCCUCUGUCCCUCCCCUCGGGAGCCAGGCCUUGGCCCUGCCCACAGCUGCAGUUCAGACCCUCCCCUGCAGAACCGGAGAAGCGAGUUGGGGGCGAGGGAGGGCCGUUCCCUGAAGAGCUUCCCGCUCUGUGGCUGGUGCUGUCCGACUUCGCUGCUCCCGCGGGCGGGAUGGAGGGUCUGGCUGGGACUGUCCCCCGUGGGGGUGAGUGGGGCACAGCUCCUGGACAGUCUGCUCCUCUGAGUGUCCCUGUGGGCCCUGUUCCUGAGCUGGGGGGCGCGUCACCAUUUGUGGAGGGUGGGGGCACCUGGGCCAGCCUUCUUCGCCAUCGAGGGAGGAAGUCAGUCCGGUGGAGGGACCCCGGCCCCCUUCCACCCCACUCGGAUCGCCUCUGACGGUCAGGAACGCUGGGCCUUACCUCCCAAGACAGCGUGUUUCCCUCUCAUUCCGCGAGGGGCAGCGUCAGCCCAGGAGGAGAGGCAGCUGCUCCGAAGGGUCCAGGAGGCCGCGGGCAGAAGGUGCGGCUGCAGGGGCCUGGGCAGGAGUGUUGGGGUCCCGGGGCCCCCGCCCUGGGCCAGGCGGCGGGGGAGGGGCAGCCUUCCUUCCAGUUGUCCGUCCAGACCCCGGACAAGCCCCCCCGGGAUGAGCCCCGGGUUUGGGCUCAGGUUCGCCGCCUUGAGUUGCGGUAAAGCCACAGAGUUGCAUCCGA